AUGGUUGUUCAACGCCUUCUUACAAUAAAGAUGCGAGAGGAAGAAAUUGUCAUGGCCGGAUAUAACGUGGUUGACUGGACUGAUGAACGCCUUAGCUGGAAUCCAGAAGACUAUAACAAUAUAUCGGUGACGAAUAUCAAUAGCCAAUUAAUUUGGAAGCCUGGAACGGUGUUCUACAACAACAAGGACGGUGUGUUUGAAACUAAGUUCAAAACGAAGUUGAAGCUCUACAACACUGGAUAUAUUUCAUGGAUGCCGCCAGCUCUUUAUAAAUCUACUUGCUCGCUGAAUGUCAAGAAAAUAGACUUAGAGAAUCAAUCGGUCAACUCCAUGGCUACUAGUCUAAUUAUAUUUUUUAUCAAAAAUAGAUCGACAAAAAUGCAGUUUGAUUUUCCGAUCCACCGACUUUGUUACGGGAUAAAGCUCAAGCUCAAGUUAACCUGCUCUCGCUCGCUUGCUUUAGCCCUAGAAUUAGACGCGCGCAAUCUGGAUUUUAACUAUGACUUUGCUCUUGAAACGUCGUAUGUAGAAGGCUCAAAUGUUUCCGCUGAAUGGGUUCUGUUGCGAACAAAUAUCUCGAUUGUCGAUUCUAUGGACUCCGACCUGUCUUUCAAGGAGAUUCACUUUGAAUAUCACUUCCAACGAAUGCCCCUAUUCUACAUCCUGAACAUGAUUCUCCCUAUAUGGCUAAUGUUCUUCCUCUCUAUUUUCGUCUUCUACCUCCCAACGGAUGCCUGCGAAAAAAUGACGCUUUCAAUUUCCAUUUUGAUCGGACAGACAGUCUUUCUUACGCUCUUAGCUAAGCAUACUCCAGAAACGUCGAUGGAAAUACCGCUUCUCAGUAGCUAUCUGCUGUUUACAAUCAUGAUGGUAUCUUUCUCCGUGAUUAUGAGCGUCGUCGUUUGUAAUGUACACUUCCGAUCGAGCGCGACUCACAAGCUUCCUCGAUAUUUUCAAGUCAUCUUCAUUGACUACAUCGCGAGAUAUUUGAAUAUCAAGAGACCCCCUCCUUUUGAAAUUGAUAUGCCAAGAAGAAACUCUCACGGAGAAGAUACGAAAACGACAUCAAUGUGCUACGAACUAGAGCUUGAAGAAGACGGGGGAAAAGCUGUAGCGUCAGAAAUUAUGUUUAACACCCAUUCGAAGCUAUUUGGUUGUUCAGAUAGAAAGGCGAUGUCGACAUCAGUGCGAAAUACAACACGGCCAUUAGCGCGAGAACUCAGGCCAGCGGUAGAAGCUAUCGAUUUCAUCACUACAACGAUGCAGCAAAACGACGAUGAAAGUACUACUGGAUCCCAAGUAAGCUUUAUGUCUAUUGCUUUGUGGCUAUCGUGGGAAGCAUUUAUUAUUUCUGGAGCAUCAAUUAUGUGGCAAUCUUCUGGCUUCAAAGUUGCGCUUCGUCUGGUGACUGGAGAGCAUGCUAUCAGAACAAUACUAAUCUGA